GCCGGGGCUCCUCGCCGUCCGAGGGAUUUGUCCAGCGGCUGCGGGGCUUGGGGUGCUUUGCAGCUCCCUGCCUACGGCGGCGAAUCGCACCCCUCCCCCUCGGGCUCAACAGCCGGGGACACCCGCCAGCGCCAAACCGAGAUUUGCUUUGAAACGCUCCCGCAAAGGGAUCUCCGUCCCCUCCCAGCCGGGCAUGGCACUGCCUCCACCCGCCAUCACUGAAAUCCGCAAGGCCCAGAAGACUUUCUGACCGUGCCUGGCAACUCCGCGCUGCCGGGAAAGCCGGGGGCUGUCUGCAGCGUUCGCAGACUCCCCGCUCGCUGCCGCACACAGGCGCGCUCCCUCGCCCUCGCCCUCGCCCUCUUCCCCCCCCCUCCGGCUCCGCACGCCGUCUCUCCUCUCCCUCUCUCUCUCUCACACACACACGCUCACGCUUUCUCUCACUCUGCCUUUACCCGGAGGUGCACUGAUAGCCGUUUAAUGAGGGGGGAAAGUUAAGAGAUUAAACCAAUAUGAACCAUCGUUGCUCGUAGCAGUGCCCUAUCCAGAGUAGAGCAGAAUCCAGCGAGCACCCCUGCAGGAAUGGAGUCGGUAAAACAAAGGAUUUUGACCCCUGGCAAGGAAGGAUUGAAGAAUUUUGCUGGAAAAUCCCUUGGUCAACUCUACAGAGUCUUAGAGAAGAGGCAGAAGCCCGGAGACACCAUCGAGCUGACGGAAGAUGGGAAGCCCAUGGAAGUGCCCGAGAAGAAAGCGCCGUUGUGCGACUGUACCUGCUUCGGGCUGCCCCGGAGAUACAUCAUUGCCAUCAUGAGCGGACUGGGAUUCUGCAUUUCUUUCGGGAUCCGAUGUAAUUUGGGAGUGGCCAUUGUGGAUAUGGUCAAUAACAGCACCAUACACCGAGGAGGAAAAGUUAUUAAGGAGAAAGCGAAGUUUAAUUGGGAUCCUGAAACAGUUGGCAUGAUCCACGGCUCUUUUUUCUGGGGGUACAUAAUCACCCAAAUCCCCGGCGGGUACAUCUCGUCCCGGCUGGCAGCUAACAGAGUAUUUGGUGCUGCUAUACUGCUGACAUCCUCCCUCAACAUGUUAAUACCAUCUGCAGCCAGGGUGCACUAUGGGUGUGUCAUCUUUGUUAGGAUCUUGCAGGGCCUCGUCGAGGGGGUCACCUACCCUGCCUGCCAUGGUAUUUGGAGCAAGUGGGCCCCCCCAUUAGAAAGAAGUAGGUUAGCAACCACUUCCUUUUGUGGUUCCUAUGCAGGAGCUGUCAUUGCAAUGCCUUUAGCUGGAAUUCUAGUGCAAUAUACUGGGUGGUCUUCUGUGUUCUAUGUGUAUGGGAGCUUUGGCAUAGUCUGGUACAUGUUUUGGCUUUUGGUUUCCUAUGAGAGUCCUGCAAAGCACCCUACAAUCACGGAUGAAGAAAGGAGAUACAUAGAAGAAAGCAUUGGAGAGAGUGCCAACCUCCUAGGUGCAAUGGAAAAAUACAAAACUCCAUGGAGAAAAUUUUUUACAUCUAUGCCAGUCUAUGCAAUAAUUGUUGCAAACUUCUGCAGAAGCUGGACUUUUUACUUGCUGCUUAUUAGCCAGCCUGCUUACUUUGAGGAAGUGUUUGGAUUUGAAAUAAGCAAGGUGGGCAUCUUAUCUGCUGUGCCACAUUUAGUGAUGACAAUUAUUGUUCCUAUUGGGGGACAAAUUGCAGACUUCUUAAGAAGCAAGCAGAUUCUUUCAACCACUACUGUAAGGAAGAUAAUGAACUGUGGAGGUUUUGGUAUGGAAGCAACUCUUCUUCUCGUGGUGGGAUAUUCUCACAGUAAAGGAGUGGCUAUUUCAUUCUUAGUGCUUGCUGUGGGCUUUAGUGGAUUUGCCAUAUCUGGAUUCAAUGUCAACCACUUAGACAUUGCCCCAAGGUAUGCCAGCAUCUUAAUGGGGAUUUCUAAUGGAGUUGGGACCUUGUCUGGAAUGGUUUGCCCUAUCAUCGUGGGAGCAAUGACAAAGAACAAGACACGUGAAGAGUGGCAGUAUGUCUUCCUCAUUGCUGCUUUAGUUCAUUAUGGAGGGGUUAUCUUCUAUGGCAUAUUUGCUUCAGGAGAGAAACAACCCUGGGCAGACCCUGAACAGACAAGUGAAGAGAAAUGUGGCUUUAUUCAUGAAGAUGAACUUGCUGAAGAGACAGGGGACAUUACUCAGAAUUAUGUAAAUUAUGGUACCACCAAGUCUUACGGUGCUACAACCCAGGUCAAUGGUGGCUGGCCUAAUGGCUGGGAGAAAAAAGAGGAAUUUGUACAAGAGGAAGUACAAGACUCAUACAACUACAAGGGAGGAGAUUAUUCAUAACAAACCUAACUAUUGGGUAUAUUUUGUAGUGUUUGUGAUUCAAUUCAUUGUGAUUGUUUGCACACAGAAAUAAAACGUGGUAUAAACAUGUAAACACAUAUCAAACAGGAAGGUCUUACUGUAAAAAAAAAUAAUCAACAAAAAGAACAAAAAAACCCCACCCUUACAUCAAAGUGCAAUCUGUAUGAGUUGUGACAUGUCAUCACUUUCAUUAGGUUAUAUUUGUUCUAUAAACAUUAGAGUUUUAAGGGUUUACUGGUCAAAACUAUAGAGACAAUUAGAUACUUGCAGUAUACAAGAGCUAAAACUCAUAACUAAGGACUAAAGCACAACUAAGCAACCAAGUUGGCACAUCUAAUGCUCUUUUUAGAAAGCCAAAAUGACUUGAUCAUUUAAAAUGCACUUAUAUAUUUGUUACACUGUAUGGAAAGAGACUGUGUUGAAUGCACACGUUUACUCAGUGCAAUGUAGGAGUUGUGUGUCUGGUCUAGGACAAGAGCUUGCUUCAAGAAGGAAGGUCGAGUCCUAGGCAUUUCCAGAGGGUUGAUCCCAGUUCCUUUCAUGGUGAUCUGUCGAGCCUAAGGAACAAAUAGGGCAUAGUGUGUGUUUAUUGUGGUUACAUGCUGCUGGCUACUCUCUGAUGAAUAAAAGAAUUAUUUAGGAGUUUUAUACUGAAUGUUUGGGCACAAGUUCUUAUUUCUAUUCUUUAGAGAAUCUUAUGAAAUUAUAGGCAUUGCCUUGUUCUUCCCUGUGUUCAUCAACUCUGUGAAAUCAAUAUAUAGUUCUGAGUCUGACUUUUCAUGCAGACUGCCAAAUCCCUUUAUCAAAAAGACAAGAUUUAUUAUUCUAACUCUUUGCAGUAUAUUCCACCUUUGUACUGGUGUCUUUAGAGAAAGGAAAAAAAAAAUAGUAACAAACAAAACCACAAUAUAACCUAGAAAAAUAUAUAGUCUUUUACAAAAAUUCCAAAGAGAAAUCUACUAUGAGUAAGUAACCUUAUGAAAAAAAGGAUUUAUCUGUGUUGCAGAAUAUUUUCAAGCCAAUAGAAGAAACAGAGAAUAAUUUAAUCCUUAACCUUCCCUUAAUAGCGUUCCUAUUUUUACACACCGUGCCACAGUUGUAUACAUAGAUAGAGGUUUAUUGAAGAGACUCUAAUUAUAAAAGAAAAGAAAUGUUGCUAUUUUAGAAAUCCCUGAGAUAGUUAAAAAGAAAUAAAAAUGUAUUUGUCUUUCGAUUAAACCUAAUAAUAAUGGACACUGAAGAUGAGUAACGUAGAAACUCACAAUAAACCAAAGUGGUAAAUAACUAGUGUUGGGUUGGAAGAAGCCAACAAGCAUCAGGCUUGUCUUUUCAGCAUAACUCAACAGUGACUGCAACAUUAGUGUACCAAGCAAUAAGUGCAAUGCAUUACAAAGUGCAUAAUCUUCUAGACUCUGUAUUAACCUUCAUUUAGCUUGUUGUAUAUACUUGGGGUUGUUGGGAUGAAACCAAACGGAACCAGCUGAAAUUAGCAACACCAGACCACUUCUUAAUACUCUAAACUGACAAUGAUGAUCCAUUUCUUAAUUCAAUCAAAUGAUUAUUAUUGUAUGUAACAAUCCAUUCUGGAUUCUUGGUCUGUUCAUUGUAUUGUGCUAGUGAUUGGAAACCCUGCUACCGCAAUAUACAACUUGAGGAUUGUUUCUUCUCCUUUUCUUUUUUUUUGUUUGUUUCUUUGUUUUGGGGUUUGUUUUGUUUUGUUUUGUUUUGUUUUUAAUGCAAAUCAUACCUUGACCUUAAGGAAAAAAAAAAAAAAAGAAAAAGUAUUUUGCUUUGUGCCUCAAAGUGAUGUAAAAUGUGACCAUAGCUUUUGCUGUGUUUAAUGAAAAAGAUGUGGACUGUGUCACUUCUGUUGCUGCAAAAAGUGUUAAUAAAAUGCUCUAUUUAUCCUUUUAUAUAAAAAAGGACCAU